UCCGUGUGUGUGUGUAUAAUUAUAUCUCAGUGGAAGAAUGAGCCUCACAGUAGCAGUGAUCAAGUUAAGCUGAGUCAGCUAGCCUUUAUUUUGCAAUCAUUCAACCAGUUUCUGCCUCCCUUCUUUUCUUCUAUCUUCUGUAAAACAUUUGCUCCUCUCAAUCUGCACCAUGCUUUAACACGGAUACAUGUAUCAUUAAAAUCCGGACAAUAUGAAUGAGUGGCCAACCAAAGAUGCAGUGGCAAUUGAGCUACGUAUUCUCGAAGAAGAUCGAGGAAAAAGUACAACAGUGAGGGAAAAGCUCACAGCAGAAACUCAUCAGGCCAAGAAUUGGUGGAAUACAAUCUUUAUUAUAUUAUGUGCAUGUGCUGUCUUCAAUGAUCCUAUCUUCUGUUAUAUCACGGCCAUUGACAACGAAAAUAAGUGCUUCACGAUGAACAAGAAUUUGGCGAAGAAUUAUGUUUAUACUCGAACAGCCACAGAUGUUUCUUACCUGCUGGACUUUUUUAUUUCUAAGUGUGGAUGUUGUUGCUGUAGAGGUAGGAGAUCAUCCAAGUCAUGCGUUGCUAAGAUGUUAUCCAUUAUGUCUCGCAUCUUCGUUUCUCUCCCCAUUGCACAGAUAUAUGCAGCAGGGGGGAUGAAUGCAGAUCUACACCCGUUUAUUAGAGAGUAUCUUCUUUUCACUUGGCUUCAAUAUGCAUUACGGAUUUACUACAUCCAUGAUUGGUUAAAGCGGCGUCCUAUCAUAGACAUAACCCGAGUUAAAAGAUGGAUCAGACCUAUAUUGGGUUUUUUACCCUUCAUCCUUGCUUCUCAUCUGAUCCAAAGGCGUUCGACGCUGGCAUAUAUUUUUACGCUCUGCAAUCUAAUGUGGUUAGUCCAUCGCAUCCUCUCUUACAAAGAGUAUUCCAGUCUUUUUGGUGGGCUCUACGAAAUAUGAGUUCUUUUGGCUCAAAUCUAUGUAGCAGUAUGGAUACGUUGGAAAUCUUAUUUUCUGUUAUGAUAUCUGCAACUGGCAUGGCACUGUUUUUAGUAUAUCUCAAUGCAAUGGUGCAGGAGUCGAAAGAAAGGUCAAAUAAGCGUAUGUUGAAAGAGAAGAAGCAAUUGAUGAAACCAGAUGUCGAUCUGUGGUUAUCUAAAUACUACCCCUCCAAGGAUAACGAAAAAAUGGUGACCAGAGAGAAAAAUGAAAAUUUAAAGGCAGCGAUCAUGGAAAACAUACACAAACUCAGAGAAAACAGUGAUCUUGAUGUGCAAAAUAUCCUUGGUAUUCUUCCCAUAAAAGACAAACAAAGCAUCAUGUCUUUUCUCUUCUCAGCUUCAUUGAAGAAGGAGCCAGUGUUUCAAACCAUACAUAAAAAGGUGCUAAAAGCAAUUUGUCAACAUCUUGUGCCAUUGACCUACACUGAAGAUAGCUAUAUUGUCCAAGAAGGGAAACCACUUGGGAAGAUGCUCCUAUUCAUUCAAGGCACUGCAGUAACCUACUCCCAUGGUGAAACCAGCAGUGACUCCUCAAGCAACAAGUGGCUUGAAAAAGGAGAUUUUUAUGGCGAUGAACUCCUAAAUUGGGCAUUCAAAUCUCCCUUGUUUUCUGACUUACCUAUCUCGACUACGAAUGUCGUCGCCCAAGAAAAGGUUGAAGCAUUUGCUAUUAGAGCCAAAGACUUGAAGAGUAUUUGCUUUAAAUUCUGGUGGCUUUUUAAUAGAGAAGUAAAUGCCUCUCAAUUGGAGCAGUGGAAGCAUUUGGCAGCAUCUUCCAUACAAACAACUUGGCGCCAUCGUCAAGUAAAGAUCCGUUUGGCAGCGUCUUAUGUACAACCAAACAGUUGCCUCCAUCAUCGUGCAAAGCCUAUAGGCCCAACUCACUGGAACAGAAUUGUCGUAGAUGAAUGCAUACAUUAGCUUUUUGGGUUGAAGUACAAUAAAUAUUUUAUUUCGAGUUGAGUUUAACUAUUUGUAUAAUUUUUUUGUUUUUUUUUUGUUUCAUAACUAUUUGUAUAAUAAAUUAUCGAUACUCAUAU